CCGACGUCGUUUCAUUUCUACAAGGCGCGCCAUUGCUCCGAAUAAGGCCUCACAUUCCUUAUCUGUUCAUCCCUCUUCUCCUACAGACAGCAUGAGAAUCCAUUAAAGACUGUGUCAAGCAACAUGAAUUCGUUGAUCUCAACGUCUCUCUGCAACUUCCAAAUUACAGUGUUUCAUCCCAGAUCGACGUUUGCCAGAAAUGGGUUCUACAAUCCUCGAUCGCGUGACAAAACCUUGAAAAUAGUUGCAAAUGCCAACGAACUUGAUACCCAGACAGUAGAAGAACCCAAAGAGGAGAUAAAUGAAGAACCCAAUGAGUCAAUCAAUGCCUCAAGCCCAUCCGCUGGCCCUGUCAUUGACAAAGAUAUCAAAAAGGUUGUUCAGAAAACUGCUGCAACAUUUGCACCAAGGGCUUCUACAGCAACAAAAAACCCCGCUGUGCCUGGAAGUACCUUGUACACUGUUUUCGAGGUUCAAGGCUAUGCAUCAAUGCUGCUCGGUGGAGCUCUGUCUUUCAAUCUCUUAUUUCCAUCAAAUGAACCAGAUAUAUGGAGAUUAAUGGGGAUGUGGUCUAUUUGGAUGUUCACAAUUCCUUCCCUUCGAGCCCGAGACUGCUCCAAGAAUGAGAAGGAGGCUCUUAACUAUCUAUUUCUCCUCAUUCCCCUACUCAACAUUAUAAUCCCAUUCUUCUGGAAAUCCUUUGCAGUUGUCUGGUCUGCAGAUACGAUAGCAUUCUUCGGAAUGUACGCAUGGAAGUUUGGAUGGCUGCAAAGAACGGAGUAGUGUUGCCGCCUUUCCUUCGGAUAAAUCAGUUGGCUUAUCUUCAAGUGCUUCUUAAUCCUAUUUUGCAUGAUGGGGCAUAAGAUGUGAAAUAUUUUCAACCCAUGCUUGCAAGAACUUGCAGCAAUUCAAUGGAGCUUUAUGACUUAGAGCAGUAGAGCUGCAGGUGACAGUUUAUGAAUAGUACCAAUUAAAUGUUUGUUUGUAUAAAGUAAAUGAAAAUCAGUUUUAUGUUCCUGCUCGAAAGGGUAAAUGACUAGUCGAGAGCUCGUGCAAUGUGCCUAUAGUCUCAACAAUUUUUAAUCAUUUCGUAUCAUUAUUGAUUGAGAAUCAAUUAAUAUAUUUGUUAUCCUUAAAACUA